AGUGGACUGACUCCUUUUGGUCUAUAAUAGAGACUAUUUGUUCAAUAAAACAAAACAUUCUAGUAAAUUUAUCACACAAUACAUUCAUAUUAUUGUCGACUAAUAAUAUACCCAUUUAUAAGUAUUAUCCAUUGGCGGGUAAAUAAAUAAUUUUGUGCUUUAUUCUACGACAGCCAGAUAUAAUUUUGUGAAGUUUACCCCUUUAAAGAUGGUCAAAUGAAUAUAAGAAGACUGAUAAGUUGAUCAUCAAUGAACACAUUAACAAAACAGUACGUGAUCGGAAUAGCGGGGGCAUCGAAUUCUGGAAAAACAACGAUGACUGGAAAACUUACUGAAUAUCUACAAUCUAUUGGCUUCAAUGUUACAUGUUUACAAAUGGAUGAUUAUUACUGGCCUCAUAACGAUAAACGUCAUAUACGAGAUCCUAUUACAAAUGAACCAAAUUUCGACUGUGAAUCAGCAAUUAACUGGGAAGGCAUAAUUACUUUUAUUAAAUUAUGGUCUGAAGCAAAGGUGUUGGAAGAAAAAAUCAGAAUACUUUUAAUUGAAGGAAUACUGAUAAUGAAUAAAAUAGAACUUCGGAAUAUGAUGGAUUUGCGGAUAUUUCUGAAGAUAACUUAUGAAAAUAUGUUGCAGAGACGAAAGCUAAGAAAAUAUAAUACACCGGACCCACCAAAUUAUUUUGCUAAAUAUGUUUGGCCAACAUAUCUAAGAACGCUAGACAUCUUGGAGUGUUCAAAAGACUCUAUAUGUGCGGAAACCUAAAAAGCAUUUAGUAUAAAAACUUUGUGUACAUCUAAUCUACCUCAAGAAAUAUAUUAGUUUUAAGCAACAAAGACACAAUUCCAUUAUCAACUGUGAACCAUAAGGAUAUCUAUUUAUUUCAGAACCAUAUCAGUCAAUUUUAUCCACAAACCAUGAUUUUUAAUCAAGACAAAGUGGAAGCUAUCAUUCCAAAAUUAAUUAUCAGUUGAAACUAAACAACCACUGGGUUCAAUAAAACGAUACAGUCUAAUAGGGAGUUCUCCUGGAUUUUUUAAAAAAAUAUGUUAACUAAGAGGAAUUUUUCUACACAUUUCUAUAGCUUUGAACUAUAGAUAUCUAAAUUUUAAACAAAGUGAAGUCGAGCUAAGUGUUCUAAGAAAAUUUAGCUAGAUCUUAUAGGUGAAAUAAGAUGAAGAACUUACAUUUCGAUAUCGUUCAUUUAUAGCAUGUCGCUAGAGAGAUGGCAUUUGUCUGCAUUCUCUUUUUAUAAUCAAUGUCUGGACAUACCACGACAAAAAAUGCAAACAAUUGUACUGUUUUUCAAAUACACUCAUUUCAAGAGAAUCCCUCGCUCGACUAGUCGUUCCAGAACAAAUAUUUACCAUAAUUUUAUACAUUUUUCGUCCUACGAUAUGAUAGUCAUCUUCAAUGUAUAACACUAUCUAUAUGAAUCAACACCGUUGGUACUGGAAUGUGGUGAAUGAGGACAUUUGGUUACAAACUUCAUCUCCUUGAUGACCUAAGUCCUUAUUUUAGAGUACCAGAGUCACAGUCAAUACCCCAUAGGUACACAAGCCUUCAUACACCGAAAGAUUGGAUUAUAGUUGUUUAAAUGUUAGUGGAAACAUAAUUCUGGCUUAUACGAUUAUAGGGUUUAAAUCAGUUUUUAGUACCCUCUAACACAUGCUUAAACAUCAAAAGUGAUUUUCCACUAAUCUUGUUUUUUUCUUUUAUUAGAUUAUUUUGAUAGCAAUAAUGGGG